CCUGCUGAUUAAAACUAGAAAAUGAAAAGGUUAAGGCUUUUCUCAGUCUGUUCCUGUCUAUUAAGAGUAGAAGCAUGUGAUAAGAUAUGUGAUUAGACAGCAACACAGUAAUAGGAAACUGUAAAAGUAGUUACAUUAGUGUAGUGCGUCAGAAACUAGAGUUGAGGGCAGCAAGAGGGAACAGAGAGAGAGAGGUGCGCAGGGGGGAAAAAAAGGAUAGAAAUAGAGAGAUUACUGUUAAUCCCUCAUAAAUGAGUGCAUUUGUUUAUGAAGCUUAAAAAAUCUCCCAUUUAGAAUAUGGAAUAGUAAUCCCAGCGAGAGAUCAUUUAAUCAUUCACAUCCAGUGGAGUGACACUCGUCUGCCCACUUCCAUCUUAUCCUUCCCAUUACAACCAGUGCCUCCCAUCAGCCCCCCAUCAGCUUUCGUCUUGUGCAUUAGGUACCAAGUUAAGCACUGUUUAUGGCCCAUAUUAACACUCUCACUCCCCCCUGUGUUAUAAUCCUCCUGGCACAGCAGAAUUGGGUCGGUAGGACUGUUUAAUGGAGCCUUGGUUUUAACCUUUUCCCUUCCUGACACACUGAAAACCAUGCAGGACCCUAAAAGUCUGCAUUAAUCUUCCCUUAAGUAGGUGUUAUGUCUAUAUAAUGCAGCUAAGAUGUCCACACACUAAGCACCCCGACAGUCUACUGUUCUAAUUGCACACUUGGCAGAAGAGCAUAAAAUUUACAGCUGUAUGAUGUCAUCUUUCCGUAUAUUAUAUGAUUAGCAGAAAUUAUGCAAGGCCUAACAUCAUAGCCAACAGCAUAGUUACAAAACUGACAUCACAACAUCCUGUUGUCAUUAUAACUGAGUGCUGUGUGUGGUGAGUAUCUGACAGGAUCACUCAUCCCUUAUGUUGCACUUCCACACAUUAACUUCCUCACUAUUUGUGGCCCACACCACUUAUUGGGUGUCUAGUGGCGAUUUCUGGCCUUACUGGAUGAUGCUUUACACCACUUCUAGGUGUAAUCAUAACAAGAGAUUCAAUAGGAGUAUGAGGAUCAAAAUUCAUGCCUUAAUUCUAUGUUCAUGUCACAAUAUCUCAUUUAAUCCACUCACCCCGCCCCUCUCACCCACGGCUAUCCUGUACCUCACUUAAAAACAAGGUCAAAGGUUCAGUGACCUUUUAUGGACUAAACAAAAGCUGCUCUCCUAACAAUGAGAUAGCUCUGCUGCAAACCUAAUAUGCCAGCAAAACCAAAGCAGUGCUAGUCAUAAUCUAAGCUACAAAUAGUAAAAUAAAAGAUUUUACAGUAGGGAUAAUGUGAGAUCAAGGCAUCACUUGUCUUUAAAUAGAAAUCAAAAUAACUCUGUCUCUCUGUCAUUUAUCCCGGUCUCUGUCUGCGCGCCGGCUAACAAAUCCUUUUCUCUCUCUUUUUGGUUUUCUCUCGGUUUUACGUUCCAGCUCAUAGCCUCACAGUUGCCCCAACUCCAUUUCUCCAAAUCCAGGGUCAGCUCAGCCAAAAACCGGCCAGUCUGCUUCUGUCGUCACAGCACUCGAGCGAGCAAAGGUCAACACUUUUAAACUACUGAGCUGAAUUUAUCCACGCCGAAUUGCAGAAUAAAACCAGGAAGCAGGCAAAACACAAACACACGUGUGCACACAAACACACAUUACAAGCCUUUUUUCUUCCUUACACAGAAAUGUAUGCAAAUGUGUAAACACACAAAGGAUCCCAUAAUGUACAAUAUCAGUGGCACAAUGAUGCAGUUUAAUUGUCUGAAUCUUUGGCCUCAAGUGUUUGCAUAGAAAGCAAUAAUGUGAUACUUGAUUCUUGUAGGAAACUUUAUUUUAGAAGGUCAAAGGUCACAAUAAGCUACAGCAGCAUCCCAGGACACUCUGUGAGGAUUCAGAGCCUGUUUCACCUUUGUUUGUUUUCUACCUAGCAUCUAACAUCUAUCUCACAUGUCCACUUAAGAAGCAGAAAGGAAAAUGAUACGUGUGUUACUCAUAUUUUAAUAACUAACUUCAAAUUAAUUUAAACAUAUGUAGUCUAACAUUUGCUUAAACACAUUCACUGCAUGCUUGUUAAACGCAAACUCCUAUGUAGUCUAGACACAGUCCACAUUAUACAAUAGGCAGGUGUAGCUGCUGUAGACUCUCUACUCACUGAACCAACCUCCUGCCUGAAAUUGCUGUCUCAUGAUAGUGAGCACAAGCUGCGCAGUUUCAUAACUAAUAAAGGUGAUUUACUUUGUUAGAUAAUGUGCAGCAGCAGCAGCAGCAGCAGCAGUGGCGGCGGUGGUGGUGGGGUUCACACUUUGUAAUGGGAAAGGGCAAAAAUUAAUAGAGGAAGUUCUGAGGGGGUGGGGUGGGGGCAAACAAAGGGAUGCUUAGGGGUAUUUGGGUCUCCCAAGUGCCCCACUUGUGUGACAUGUAGUCAUUACAGAGAAAAGAAGAGACUGUGUUGCUAUAGUCAGUACCGUAGCUUAUAUCCUGUAUACUGUAAGUGUAUGUCAAUGCCUGGAGGCACUGUUUGCAUAGUGAGAAUGAACCAGAAAGACUUCUUUCCUGAAUCCUGCAGUUACCUUUCAUAUUAACACUGCACUCUGCCUGAUCUCUGCUCUGCCUAUCUCCUUCUCUGCCCCUAAACUUUCUAAUAUUAGCUUCACCUCAGGUUUACAAAACACAAACCCUCCUGCCAGUCAUAGAUCUUUUAAAGACCUCAGCACCAUAAAAAGCCAUGUUCCCAGGUUCCUCUAUUUAUCUUCUUUCCCCUCCCCUCCAUGAUUUCCAUCUCUUGGGUUUUUUGAUUCGGAUUCACCCGGUGCUCAUGUCUUGUGACCCCCCAUAAUCGUGCUCUGCACCUUGUUUGGUUUCGCCCCACUGUCUCCUCUCCCUCUCUGUCUCCCCCCACCCCCACCCCUCUACUCCACUCCAACCCCACCCCCCUACCCCUCUUUCUGUCCAUCCCAGGGUUUAUCCCCUCAUCACUGAUCUCCCUUCAUCCCUCCAAUCCUCAUCUGUUCCUCAUAGGAGCAGUGGAGAGAGUGAGUGACGGAGGAAUAUCCCACUGUGCAUGAUACCAAAAGUGAAUGAGCAAGGGGAAAAGUGCAGUGACAGGGGCGAUCUGAACUUAUGACAACGGCCAGAGGGAGACCGCUGGAGGAAGAGUGAUUAAAGAUCUGCCAACACACCUUGAGAGGAGUCUCCUAAUUGGAUUACCAGCUUUCCUGACAUCUCUCCUUGUCACCAUUAGUGACCGUAUCUAACAACCGUCGCCAUGGGUGAAAUGGAGCAAUUGCGAAAGGAGGCGGACAACCUCAAAGACCAGAUCACUGCAGCUCGUAAGGCAGUGCAGGACACCACACUGCAGGAGGUGGUGGGUGGGACCGCCGUAGUGGGCCGCGUCCAGUUGAAGACCAGGAAAACGCUAAGGGGCCACCUUGCCAAGAUCUACGCUAUGCACUGGUCCACUGACUCCAAGCUGUGUGUCAGUGCGUCACAAGAUGGAAAACUCAUAGUGUGGGACAGCAUCACAACCAACAAGGUGAAUGCCAUCCCGCUCAAGUCAUCGUGGGUGAUGACUUGCGCCUACGCUCCCUCGGGCAACCUAGUGGCUUGUGGCGGUCUGGACAAUAUGUGCUCCAUCUACAAUCUCAAGGGCAAGGACGGGAACGUCAAGGUCAUGCGUGAGCUGGCAGCACACACAGGUUACCUGUCCUGCUGUCGUUUCCUUAGUGACAGUGAGAUUAUCACCAGCUCCGGUGACUGCACUUGCGUACUAUGGGACAUUGAGACAGGAACCCAAAAGACCAUCUUUGCAGGACAUCAGGGAGACUGCAUGUCCCUGGCUGUGUCCCCAGACUUCAAGUUUUUCAUCUCAGGGGCGUGUGACUUCACGGCCAAGCUGUGGGACAUCAGGGAGGGCCAAUGCAGACAGACCUUUGGAGGCCAUGAGAGUGACAUCAAUGCAAUUGGGUUCUUCCCCAACGGUAAUGCGGUUAUAACCGGGUCCGAUGAUGCCACCUGCAAGUUGUAUGACCUGCGAGCUGACCAGGAGCUCAUCACCUACCAGGACUCCAGCAUCAUGUGCGGGGUGACCUCCCUGGCGCCCUCCCUGUCUGGACGUCUGAUUCUGGCUGGCUACGAUGACUUCAAUGUCAACAUCUGGGACUCGCUCAAAUCUGAGAGAGUGGGAGUGCUGGCUGGUCACGACAACAGGGUGAGCUGUAUCGGAGUAUCCGCAGACGGCAUGGCGUGUUGCACAGGAUCCUGGGACAGUUUCCUCAAGAUAUGGAACUGAGGCUGUUCCUCACCAGUGAGCAGAAAGAGAGCAGUUAACAUCUGCCUGGGAGAAAGUGAAGAAGAUAAUAAUAAAAAAGAAAUUAGAGUUUGAGGGAGGGAUGAGGGACGAGUAGCCGCAUAGGGUGAGAAGAGGGUAUUUUAAUUGUGCCAAGUCCUAUCUAUUGUUGGAGAGGGGUUGUAAUGUGAAGAUUUUCCCCUCUCUCUGUGUCACAUUGCGCUCUCACCUUUCUUCUCACGUUAUGGGGGGAAUUCGGGGUGGGACAUUGGGUCGAGUGAGUCUCAGUAAAGGCCGUUCCUCUUAAUAGUGAAUUAUAUUGCGGUUCAAUUCAAUAACAUAUGCACAUUUAUCGCAACAAUUCAAAGAACACCCAAUGAGAACAGUUGCCAAAUGGAAAUGGUAGCACACUGGAUGAGAUAGAACUGCAUACGUGUCAAGUUACGGCUUGUGUAGGUUUCACACUAGCUCUACUAAUAUGCUGUGUUUUAUAUCAAAGCAUAAGUUAUGUCAUACGAAUAAUAAGAGCAUCUGCGUUUUUGUUUCAGACUGUUGUUUGUUCUUAGUUUCGGUAGAUUCCCUAAAUGCUUACAUUUACAUUAUUUUCAUUUUCUAACUUUAAUUAAAAUUGAGUUAUAGUUUGCAUUUGUCUACAUUAGUGUUUGAGUUGUUUUGUAUGUAAUUGAUGGACAAUAUUUACCAGGAUUUGGGGACUCAUCAUUUUGGACUAACCCUCAGGUUAGACCUGAAAAGUGCUUUGGGUAAACUGUUGAACUGACAGAUGGGAUAAUAAAAUGGUUUUUAUGGUUCAUUAAGCACUAACAAAAAAAGAUGACCCAUUUGUCUCAGGACAGGACUCUUUGUAUGAGUGUUUCUUUUUUCUUUUUCGAAUGAUAAUUGCUAUUGUGUGCAAAUGAGCAAUACAUCUGAAUCUGUAUAUACAAGCUUACCAUUUCCUCUGCAUGAUAACAAAUAAACUUGAAGGAAAGUUUGUGUAAAUACAGAAAAAAGUCUCCAAGCUCUAACUAGAAUUUGGACAACCACUUUUCCAACACUUGGAUAAACACUGUGCAAAGUAAAGCAAUACUACCUUUCUUAAAUACUGUCUAAUAAACCUGGGAUUCUGCAUUACACAA